AAGUGAUAAACCUUAAUCAGACACGCCUCGCGUCAUUCCCACCAAUUUGCCCACCUCGUUUCUGCCUGUAGUCGUUGGCCCGGCAGACGGUGACAUCUCUUCAUCGCCGCUCGUACCACACUCCACUGGCCAGCUGCAUCUGCCUCUUUAGCAGCGCAAAGCAUCCUCCGAAAGAUGGAUUACGGCUACGCAACCACCUCCUACGGAGCGCAAGGCGGCAACGAUGGCGGCGGCUUCAUGCCAGGCUCACAAAACGACAGUCCCAACGCCAAGCGCUCCUACGGCAAAGACACUUUACGCCCCGUGACCAUCAAACAGCUCCUCGACGCCACGCACCCCAACGCCGACGCCGAGUACUUCCUCGUGGACGGCAGCGAGAUGACGCAGGUCACCUUCGUCGGCCAGAUCCGCAACAUUUCCACGCAGACGACCAACGUCACGUACAAGCUGGACGACGGCACGGGCACGAUCGAGGUGAAGGUAUGGAUUGAUGCCGAGGCGCUGAAUAACCCCGACGACCCCGCGAACCAGAAGUCGAAACUUACGGAUCAGGCGUACGCGCGGGUGUAUGGGCGGCUGAAGGCGUUCAACAAUAAGAGACAUGUGGGGGCGAAUAUCAUCCGACCGGUGCAGGAUUACAACGAGGUCCAGUACCACCUGCUCGAAGCGACGGCCGUGCACUUGCACUUCAGCAGAGGCCCGCCAGGCGGUGCGGAUGCGAGGAGCGGCGCGAAUGGCAUGGCGAAUGGCGGGUAUGCGCAGCAACAGCAGAACGGACACUCGGCGAGUGGCUCGAAUGUGCCGUCGCAUCUGAGCCCGGCUGCGAAGAAGGUGUUCCAGUGUUUGAGCACUUCGCUGCAGACGAACGAGGGGUUGCAUAUGCAGGAUAUUGCUACACGUACGGGGAUGGAGGUGAAUGAGGUUAUGAGGGCUGGCGAGGAUCUGUUGAAUGAGGGGCUGGUCUAUACCACGGUGGAUGACCACACCUGGGCGGUAUUGCAGAUGUAGAGCAACAAAGAACAUGGUUCAUGCUUUGAUGAGGACUGCGAAUGACCCACGGCGUAGUAACGCUAAUCAGCUGUCGUCCCAACUGUGGAUAACUGCCACUGGAGAUGAGACACGCCGUGCGCCAGUAUAGGACGCAUGGAAGACAGAGCAAUCUGACAACGACCAUGGCAGCGUGUAGUGAAGGUAUUGCAGACU